CUCAAAGCAGUGCCAAAAGUUCGGAGCUGUAAAGGAGAAGGAAAGUGGCUCAGAUCAAAAUGAACCCUUCUGAAGAAAGCCGUGAUCGCUUGUCUUUGACGGCAGCCAGAAUUUUGGUUUGCGUGGUUCUGACUGUGGCGUUUGCCAUCGGCAUUCCCGGGAACUCCUUCGUUGUCUGGACCAUUUGUAGACGAAUGAAACAACGGCCGUCGACGGUGGUGCUCAUCCUACAUCUUGCCAUCGCCGACCUUUUGGUCCUCGCAACCAUGCCAAUCUGGAUUUAUUCCUUUGCCCACAGCUGGGUCUUCAACGUUGUGACGUGCAAAGCCCUGGUGUUUGUUGUCUACUGCAGCAUGUAUGCCAGCAUUUUCCUGAUCACGGCUCUGAGCAUUGAACGGUUCACGGCAGUCUUUUACCCCUUCGCUGUCCGAUGGUGGAAGAAGAAGGCCGUCACCUUCCUGGUGGUGUCCGGCAUUUGGUUCCUCUCCAUUGCUUUUGGAGCCACCAUCAUCCCCUUCCAGGAGACAGACGAGACAGAUAUAGGCCUCCAAUGUGCAGCUCGUAGGUAUGACUCAAACACUCAAGAGGUUGCUUGUCUGUUGGUGGAGACCAUCGUGGGCUUCCUCAUCCCUUUCACCGUCAUUAUCAUCUGCUACAUCUCCAUCAGUCAGAGAAUUGGUCGAAUGGUUUGUCCAUCCAAGAGGAGAUCCGCAAAGCUCAUAGCUUCGGUGGUGGCCGCUUUUGGCCUCUGUUGGCUUCCUCACCACAUCUUUAACCUGAUGAGUGUUGCCUCCGUUCUGAUGGAGGAUUCCCAUCCAGAAAUGUCGGGCUCUCUGGAUAAGACAGUUGCCGUCGGUGUCUACAUCGCCGGCUCCGUUGCCUUUAUUAGCAGCUGCAUCAACCCUCUCCUUUAUGCCUUCGCAGCCAGGAACUUCCGCAGCAGCGUCAGGUUCGUGAAGUUAUCCAGGUUCUUUGAGCAAAUGGGCCCUUUGGCCAAACUGGAAUCGGUCAAAGAAGCACCGUCGCCAAAUGGGAAAGAGGAGACUUUGACAACCAUGGAGAUGAUCUGAUGAAAGGGGUGGGAAGAAAUGAGAUUUGGCCUCCUCUAUACCAACCUUCACAGUUGGAUUAAAUUUACCAUUGUAUCGUAAAGUCCUAUGAGAUUUACCAAGUUGGCCUUUUUCAUGCCAACCUUAGCAACCAUGUGAGAUUGACCAAGUUGCAUUGUAACUUUUCAAAUUAUUGCUUUUAUUCAAAGUGCUGGUUGUAACCUAGAAAGUCAUCUAUGGCUCAAAUCCAGGAUAUGUGAAGGUCCUUACAGUGGUCCCUCACUUAUCGCGGGUGUUACAUUCCAGGACCACCCGCGAUAAGUGAAAUUCCACAAAGUAGGGACGUCCCCUCACCUUCCCUCCUCACCUUCCUUAUCUUCCUCUUACUCCUUCUCAUCGCCGCCUGGGCACCUUGCCGCCGCUUGGGUCCCGCGACGCCUCCUCAAUCACGGGGCCUGUCAUGUAUCAUGUUCUGAAGUUGAUGGUGGUUGGUGGUGGCAGGCCUAGCUGUUGGUGAUGGAAGGAUUAAUGUAAGUCUUAGUUCUAAAGGGUUUAGUAAUCUGAAAGUAAGAGUUCAUGGGUGAAAGCAAUUAAGGGUGGAGGUAUAAGAGAUAGGUUGCAGCUGAGUGUUUCUGGAUAUAAGGAGCAAGCCUUGGAACUGAUAUUCGGGGGGAAAAGUAUUUGUCUUAUUUUGGUGGUAGAUGCUGCUGGUUUCCCCCCAGGUUUGUUGGAUUUUCGGUAUCCCAACCUGUCUCCUGUAAUCUUGGAACCCUGGAACCUUGAACCUCUGGACUGGCUUUUGACUACGGUAUAGACUCUUGAUCCCUGGACUUUGUUUAUUGAACUCUCGGCGUUUGACCACUGGACUGGACCCUUUGACUACGGUGUAGCAUUUGCUAUCAGUUUUUGUUUAUUCUGUGGCUGAGUGCUAUCUUUAUGUUUUAUGUUUUGGA